AUUAUCAAGCUGCAAUUAGUUUGGCUUAACAGCCAAUUCAGAUCGAUACAUUCCAGCAAUUUCUUUUAACAAAGCAUGGGAUUGGUAAUUCUUUGUGCAAUGCUGUUGACCACACACUUUCGUUGUCAAACCAUAGAUCAGCAUGACACAGUAUGUUCUUUCAACUCUAAGUGCAGAUGUUGGACUGAUCAGCAUUUGCGGCAUGUUGAUUGCUCAAAUGCUAACAUGACAGAUAUACCAAACUUCCCACCAGAAACAGAUAUUCUCAAUAUAAAUUCUAACUAUAUUGAGUUUCUGCAGAAUGACACAUUUGAAAAUUUAACAAAUUUAUUGGAGCUGGAUUUGUCACAUAAUAAACUGAUACGUAUAGAGGCAAAUGCGUUUAUAGGGCUUGGUAAAUUAGAGAAACUUUCGCUCGAAGCCAAUCGCUUGAAUUAUACCGAAGAGUCGUUUGAUACAACUGUAUUAAAUCCAUUGCAAUCGCUCACGUUAUUAAAUGUGAAACAUCAAGAAAUACUAAACAUUCUACCUGGUGAUAUGAUUCGAAAACUUCAUUCUUUACGAAAUUUGGAAACUGAUCUUAUUUCAUCAACAGAAGGCAUAGCCUUCGGGAAAGAGUUUUCGUACCUUGCACACCUCACACUAUUGAAGGCAGGGAAGUGCAAACUGGAAAUGGUCAACAAUAAUACGUUUAUAUAUUUACCCUUCUUGGAAAUAAUACAUUUGUCUGAGUGCAUAAUAACGCAGUUUGGAAAGGGGUGUAUUUUUUGUCACUUAAAUAAUUUCAAAUAUCUCGAUAUAUCUAAAGUUGUAUGUGAUUUUACCUCCUUCAAAUUUUUAGCACUUGAUUUUAAAGAGACAAAAAUAAAAAAGAUAAAUAUGUCAGAAACAUUUUAUAACACAGCAUACCCCCCUUUCCAUAUGUUUGAUUAUUUAAAAAAUAGUGGUAUUACCGAAAUUUAUAUGAACAAAAACGUCUUUGUAGGUUCGCAUACAGGCACUACUGGAAAUAUACCGAGCACACUUAAAAUUUUAGAUUUUUCGGAGAAUUUUCUAACCUUAGUCGUUUUUCAGAUGCGUGAUCUGCUAACGUUGAAUUUAAGACAAAAUCAGUUGGGAAAAAUGUUAGAAAAGGGUGGCUACAAAACUCCAGGACCAAUCGCAUUGCAAAACGUUGACCUAUCACAAAACGGUAUAAACGCUUUGUUAUUUCAGGUGUUUGAUGGCCAUUGUAAUGUUCAAACAAUGAAUCUCAGUGACAACGCAUUAACAGAUUUUACUCCGGAUAUUUCGGAAAUGGUUAAGCUAAGAUUUCUUGAUUUAUCGAAAAACAAGAUUAAGAAAUUUUCCAACGUCAUGACAAUGCAAAAUAUUUCAAGAAUAGCUAAAAAGACCAAUCUAAAAAUAGAUUUGUCAAAAAAUAUUUUAGAUUGUAGCUGUGCGUCCUUUGCAUUUAUUGAAUGGAUGCACGAAAACCAUGGUAUUUUUAAUGAUAUCCAUUCAUAUAAAUGUAAAGCGGAAAACGGAACUUUUAUGAUUUUGAAUCGACUUCAACAUAUUGUGUCCAUGCUAAAAAAAGACUGUGAAACGUACACUGUCUUGAUAAUUUGUAUUUCCUUGGCAAUAGUCACUGCUCUUUUAAUUCUAUCGGGCGGAUUGUUAUACCGAUAUCGUUGGAGGUUGCGUUAUGUGUACUAUAUGACAAGAAAUAGAUACAAGCGAUACAAACAAAUUGAAGAAAAUAAUGAUUACAAAUACAAUGCUUUCAUUUCCUAUGCUGACGAGGAAGCAGCUUUUGUUAAAAACGAAUGCAUUCCUGAAUUAGAAGGAAACAGAAAUUUAAGUCUGUGUAUACAUCAUCGUGACUUCGUUGCUGGAGAAGAUAUCACCCAAAAUAUAACGAAUGGAAUACACGAUAGUAACAAAACAAUCUGCAUUGUCACUCAAUCUUUUUUAGAUUCAUAUUAUUGCAUGUUUGAAUUUAACAUGGCUAAAAUGGAGAGUAUUUAUUCGCGAGAAGGACAGAACAUUUUAUUUCUUGUAUUUUAUGAAAAUAUUCCGUCGAAAAAUCUUCCUUUGGUGAUGCUGGAGGUGGUACAACAGCAGUCUUACAUUGAAUAUCCAAGCGACGCUAACGAAAGAGUUGUGUUUUGGGAGAAUAUCAAACAAGCAAUCGAAUAGUUUAUCAAAACAAUAGUUUGUGUUCAUUGUGUGAGUUUAAGUAUCAAAUGAAAAUUUGGUCUUUGAAGGAUAUUAUGCCUGCAAUAAAAUCCUUCAACGACCAAAGUUUAAUAACAUAUAGCUUAGUCUAUUCGAGAUUAUACACCGUGCACUUUUCGAAAUCAAAUCAAUUCUUCUCCUUUCGAUGACCGAGAACAUAAACCUUAAAAUACUUUCGCUCAAAUAUUCAAUUCAUCUUACUCUUUCGUUUAGUGUAUUUACUUACAAAAUGUAUAUAUUUUCAUGUGCGUAAAAAAAAAUAUGUAAUUCCUGUUUUAUUCUUUCGGACCAACGUUUGUUCGAAUGAAACAUUGAACAUGUUUUUAUAUUUGUGUAAACAUGAAUAUCUAGAUCUGGUUUACCCUGGGAACAAUAUAUCCAAUAUAUAUGUUCCUGAUUUACCCGGAGCGCCUUAUAGAUAAAUAUUAGUUUUAUUAUGGUAAAAGAUAAUGUUAGGGUGGUACCUAACACUACAGGGAGAUAACUCUGUAAAAAUCAGCUAAACGUUUUAACUACGUUGUAUUGUUAAGGAAAUAUUAAGCUUCUCAAUGAUCAAAAUUAGUGUUUGUCAAACUGCUAGAUAACCAAUGAAAUUUUUCUGAUAAAGUGGUUGGUUCAAAUUUUUUGAAUUUUUUAUAUUUUUGUCAAAGGGUCAAAGUUAACAUUUUGUCAAAAUUUUAUAAAAAUUAAACGAGCCAAAUUAAUAUUAGUCAAGGUGUUGGGUACCACCUUAAAUUUAUAAAAUAAUGACGCUUCAACAUGAAACAUUACAAAUAUUUAUCAGAUUUGUUUUAUAGCCUUUACCUCUACUCUCUUGAAAUUGCACACCCGUUUAUAUUGUCGAGAAAUCUUACAGAAGAAAAAAAAAACCACUCAGAUCUGUGAUUGUUCCCUAAUUUUGGACAUUUUGACUUUUUAU